GGCGGGCGCUACCAAGCCGUUUCAGCACCAAACACAUUUUUCAAUGCGACCGACCGUGAUGAACUCAUUUAGUGCCCCUCCAUUACCUCCAGGGUGGUCAGAGCACGUUGGACCUGCGGGCCAGCCAUACUACUACCACGCCGGGACACGAGAGUCUACCUAUGUUCGGCCGCUCCCCGCGUUCCCCAUCAUUCCACAAGCUAUCAUACCCCAGCCUCCAAAGAAGAAAGACAAACCGUUGGUAAAGACCCCGAUACCUGAUACAGAAUGGCUUCGCGUAACAACGACGGAAGGGAAUAUAUUCUAUUCACACAAGGCGAAGAAGCAGAGCGUGUGGACCGUGCCAGAGGAAAUCAAGGAUGCUGUUGAAGCAUUCGAGCGUGCCGAGGAACAUGAGGAAGUGCAGAAGCAACAACAGGAAAUAAAGGAAAAGGACAUCCAGAAGUUGGGGUUCGAGGAGGAGCAGGAGCUCAAACGGAUUAAGACCGAAAUGCAGGGCCUUGUGAAGCGAAAAGCGGAAGAACCUCAACCUCUGGACGAGGUUGUGAUUUCAAAAAAGGCGCGAGUAGAAGAAGAGGAGGAAGGUGAGGAGGGGGAAGGGGAAGGGGAGGAUGACGAUGACGAUGAGAACGAGGAGGAGGAGGAAUGGCAACGCGAGGCUGCUGCACAACUCGCUGCUGAAGCAGAGGAGGAGAAGAAGAGGCUGGAAGAAGAGGCCAGGCUCGCACAGGAAGCAGAAGACACAGAGACCAAGAAGAUGCAAGAAAAUGAGAGGUCUCAGCUCAACAUGCCCGAUCGCGUCGAUCUCUCUAUUGAGGAGGCUAAGGCAUUAUUCAAGACAUUACUCAGGGAAAAGGAUAUCAGUCCUUUGCAUCCUUGGGAUACUUCAUUACCCUUGUUUAUAUCAGAUCCGCGCUAUGUUCUACUCCCUUCUGUGUCAGCACGUCGUGAUGCAUUCGAUGAAUACUGUCGGGAUCGCGCGCGCGAACUACGGCAACAAAAUGUCAAGAAAGAAAAGGCAGAAGCAAAUCCUAAGGAAGAGUAUGAACGACUCCUUAGCCAGGAAGUGAAGAGCACGAGAACAUCUUGGUCUGAAUUUCGGCGGACGUGGAAGAAAGACCGGCGAUUUUACGGAUGGGGAAGAGAUGACCGGGAGCGAGAGAAACGAUUCAAGGACUAUCUCAAAGAGCUUGGAGAGAGAAAGCGUAUAGCCGCUGAGAAGGCGGAAGCGGAUUUCUUUACUCUUCUGCGAGAGAGUGGUGUGGUCAGGUCAGAUUCGCUAUGGAAAGACGUGAAACGAAAAAUAUCCCAUGACGCACGAUAUGAUGCUGUCGGGUCUUCGUCUCUGCGUGAAGAGCUAUUCCAGACAUUCCUCAAGGCACAUGGGUCUUCAUCUUCGCAUUUAACCUCUACUAAAGUUAAAGAUGAGACGUACAAACAUGGCACAGAAGAAGAUGCUGAGCGAAAGCGCAGAGACAAAAAGGAACAAGCCCUUAAAGAACGUGAACAAAAAGUGAAAGCUGAUCGUAGUCGUAUGGACGCCGAAAUAGGGCGCUCCAAGAUGGGUUUAAACCUGGAGGAAGGUGAAAGAGAAUUCCGUACACUGCUUACAGACGCAGUACGAGACCCACAGACCACCUGGGAAUCGAUACGUCCUCAACUCCAAACUGAUCCUCGAUUCAACAACUCCCCUCUCUCAGUAAAUCAGCAAUUGCAUCUUUUCCAUGCACAUAUGAGUCAGUUGCAGAUGAAACAUUUGACCGGUCUACAUUCGUUGUUUCAAGCGCAUGCUCCAUCCUUGGCAACACCAUUCUCUGUUCUUCCGCUUGAAUCCAUGUUAAAAUCGCUUCCGGUAACAAAACUCGCCUUCGACACACGUGAUCUCCAACAGGAAUAUGAGAAAUGGCAACGCGAACGGACAUACGAAUGCAGAAAAGCAUUCGACGAGAUGCUCGCGGAGAACUCCUUUGUUGAGUUUUGGGGAAGAUUGGGUAAAAUUGGAGGUGAAGGAGUCGAAGGAGGGGUCAAAGCAGAUGAGUUGGAUGAGGACGAAGGCGAAGGCUUUGGUGGAAAGGUCGACAUGAAGGCGCUCGCAAAGAGUGUAGACCUUUCGGACAUCGAGAAAGUGCUUAAGAAUGAUAAGCGAUACAUCAUGUUCGAGCAUGUAGCAGUACAACGAGAACGAUGGUUAAGGUCACGUGGUAUCGAACACGUCAGUACUUUCAAUUUCACACAAGGAUUUCAGACCAACUCUCGUUCCCAGUCGACAAUGCGUCUGCUGAGUCCUCUAAUCCUGUCACUUGCAGCCCUUUCGUCGUGCGUUUUCGCGCAAGACGCAGGUGCUAAUGCGCACAAGGUCAAACAUGACUACCAGAGUGAUGUUGCACGCCUGCGCAAGAUAGUUGUCGACAGUCUUUACUCAAACAGGGACGUGUUCUUGCGGGAACUCAUCUCAAACGCCAAUGACGCACUCGAAAAGCUUCGGCUCACCGCGCUCACAGAGAAGAGCGUGUGGGAUGGCGUCUCCCCUUUGAACCUCACUAUCAAAGCGGAGAAAAAUCCUGAUGGCGAGGGUGGUCGUAUCAUUAUUACCGACACCGGCAUUGGCAUGAAUGCAGCGGAAUUGACAACCAACCUGGGUACCCUGGCGAAGUCUGGAACUUCUGACUUUCUUGCGGGAGUAGACGGCGACGAUUCGACCGCAACUGGCAAUCUUAUCGGUGCGUUCGGGCUUGGUUUUUACAGCAGCUUCCUUGUAGCAGAUAAAGUCACUGUUGCAUCUUUACCCCCGCGCUCGUCCAAGAAUCCCAAUCCUACUCAGAAUAUCUUCAGUUCUUCUGCGGAUGAGGGAUCAUUUGAGAUAUACCCCGACCCACGCGGAAAUACCCUCGGGCAUGGAACUCAGAUUACACUUCAUUUGAAGAGUGACGCUUCUCAAUAUCUUGUGACCUCUAACCUUAUGAAGCUUGUUAACCAGCACUCUGGAUUUUCGACAACCUUCCCGAUUUACAUCUGGUAUGAGACCGAGGAAGAAGUUCCCGAAGUAGACGAAGAGGUUGUUUUAGACGAGCAGGAAGGAAAACCCACUGACACGGACGAGGAUGAAGCUGUUGUCGAAGAAGAUGCGGAGAAGGAAUCUGCAUCUCCCAAGAUGAAGAAGGUUACAGUUGGUCACUGGGAACACUUGAACUCGCAACCUCCCCUCUGGAUGCGCGAUCCGAAGACAGUCACUGAUGAAGAAUAUGAGCUACUGUACCAGGGAACCUUCAAAGACUUCCAGAAACCCCUUGCAUGGCACCAUUUCCAUGGUGACUCGGAAUCCGGCGUGUCUUUCCGUGCACUCAUUUACAUUCCCUCGCGUUUGACUGAGGAGUUUUUCAACAAACCACUCGAUAAUUCAGCAAAGGACGUCAGGCUGCUAGUGAAGCACGUGUUCAUCACCUCUGACCUGGGUGAAUAUAGCUUGCCGAAGUGGGCUAGCUGGGUGAAGGUUAUUAUUGACGCUGAUGACCUUCCAUUGAAUGUCUCUCGCGAAACCCUCCAGUCCAGCUCUUUCCUCAAGCAGAUCAAGCAAAUUAUUUUGCGCCGUCUCAUUCAGCUAUUCUCUAAAAUUGCUGACGAAGACGAGGAAAAAUAUGCAGAGAUCACGAAGAACUUUGGUCAAGUCUUGAAACUCGCUGCGUCAGAGGACGCUAAAAACCGCCAGAAACUGGCAGCUCUUGUACGCUUUAACACAAACCAACGGGAAGUCGUAUCAUUUGACUCGUAUUUGGAGAACAAGAAGCAAGGACAAAAGCAGAUCUUCUACCUCGCCGACAUGGGUAAAUCCAUUGAACACCUGUCUCAAAGCGUGUUUGUAGAAAAGUUGCACGCCCGCGGGUACGAAGUACUGCUUCUGAACGAGCCAUUGGACGAGAUUAUGCUUCAAAGCAUCCGAAAGUGGAAGGGUGUUCCAUUCCAGGACGUCGCCAAGGCUGGACUGGACUUUGGAGAUGACACCCCGGAAGAAAAGGAUACAAUUGCGGAAUUGACAGACAAAUACGCCCCCCUUCUUGAGUGGCUGAAAAUUGAGGCUGGAGACAAUGUUAAGAAUGUGAUCGUCUCUAAUAGGCUCGUCACGAGUCCUUGUGCGAUUGUCGCAGACAGCAUGGGUUUCACAGCAAAUGUCCAGAAGCUCAUGAGUGCCACAAGCCGCGGGGCGCAGCAGAACGAUGCCAUGCAAGACUAUAUGAAGAAACAGAAGGUUCUGGAAAUUAAUCCGCGAUCGCCGUUGAUCGAAGGCCUCCUGGAACACGUCGAGCAAUUGAACGCAGAUGGCGAUGACAAAGACCUGGAUUCUGAGGCACAGCUCAAAGAGGUUGCUUCCAUCCUGAUUGACGGGGCUCUUGUUCGUUCAGGGUUUGAAGUUGCCGACUCCAACAUGUUUUUGACUCGUGUGGAUAGAGUGCUCAGGCGAUCACUCGGUGUCUCUGAGACCGCACCGACAGACAACACCGUGAAACCAGCUCCUCCCGUUGACCCAGAGCUGCCUAGUGACAUACCCGUGGAUGAUGAGAUGUUCAAUCUUGCUGAUGAAAUGAAACGCAAUCAGAUUGAGUUCGAGAUGGAGGAAAUUGAUGAACACGGAAAUGUUGUUCACGAUGAACUGUGAUGUUGCAGUAGAUAUUGUAGCAGUUCAGGCUGGUCGAUAAUAAAAUUUAAAACAUCUACACCUG